AGUAAGAACGGACGUGCCGUUGUAUUGCGGCCAAAGUAGCAGUGAGCUUGGAGUACGAUGAUAAAGACGAGGCCCUACGGACGGAUGACCUUGCAGUGGUCGGCACAGCCACGGGAGAGAUAGCAGACGAACGAACAGUGAGCGAGUAACGAACGCGAGUUGAUUUGUUGCUGUUCUGGGAGAUUGUGUUAAGUGGAGGUUGUGUGUGUUGUGAUUGGAAGGAGAAGUAGCCGUAGCUACUAUUGUGUCUGUGGGUGAUCUACAUCGCUUUCGUGUGCGCGGCGCAGUCAUGCCGCCAAACUUACUGUCUGCUUUAGAUAUGGAAGGAGAGUACAGGAAUUUAAGUGGAUAAUUCGGACAGGUGCAUGACAGACAUUUUGUUAAUAUUCCUUGAUUCGCUUUUAUCCUAAAGGACAACUUGACAAUUUUUGGAAGUCGUUCAUUCGCUUUUACCUUCAAAUAACAAAAAAUAUGAUACUGAACACUUUUUGCUUUAAAUUAUGUUAUUGCCUGAUGAUACGACAUCACACCAUUUAAUUCGAACUAAUUUCAAAUGAUAUUCAAACCAAUAGCCUGAAACGCCUUUUUAAUAAAGAAAAUACGGAUUACAUCUACAGUAGUCAUUUUCUACUAGUGUUUGCACAAACACUUUGUUUAACCAUCAUAGUUAUCAUAAUCGUGGUGAAAGUUUGAUUUAAUGAAGUUGAAAACAACUUCAAUCUAAAGUAAUGCAUCAAGCUUCACAAGGCGCGCAUCAAGUGUCUUGGGUAGUGCUUCCCAGGUACCGCAAGGCAAUUCCCAUUCACGAAUGACAUACUCUACACGUGUCAUAAAAUCGGGGAUAAAAUUGAUUAUCUGAGCGAGUCGUAAAGUAAGCACGAUGUCCUAUGCCUUCUGCUGUACGACAACAAGUAAUGAUAAUUGGACAGCCCUCUCCACUCGACUUCCUAUGAGAAAAUUUCAUCACAAAAGAUGGCAGAGGUGAGAUAAUAUUAAAUUGACAUAGAAGGACUUUUAUAUUGGGAAUUAGCUUCUCGAUAUGCAAUACCUAUGAAUGUUGGAUGAACGGAGAGCUAUCGUACGUCGCUUCCCAUAUGCCAUAUGGUCACUAAGGCAACGUCUCUCUUGUGCAAUUUACUCGCAUCUUGCAAUACGGCGGGCAAAAUGCUAAGCGUGUGGAACGAAACCAUGGUUUGGUAAUGCUUUGCGGAUUCAUGGCUUGUUUUUAAACUCUAGCUUUUUUUUUUGGACUUGUUUCCACGACAUCGAUACACGUGUUGCAGCAUUGUGAUGAGACGUCAUUGAUUGGGAUAUACAUGAUAGUUGUGACCGGUCUGACCUUAUGGAUACCCCUUGCGAAGAGAUGGCGGGUGAGUCUGAAUGAAAGUUAUGUUCGCUUUUCAUCAAUUAUGCAAAUGUUGGCUCACCCGUGUCGAGCAGAGCGAGGAGCAAUGCUGACAUCCCGCGAAUAUCUUUUGUAUGAUGGUUUAUUCUACUGCCGCAAUCUGUGUCACGUUUUUUGUACGAGAGAAUAAUAUCAGGCUUUGAUAAUACAGCAUGGGUACGUGCGUGAGAGCAAUUCUAUGACAGGAAGCUCCCCUGAAUCAGGAUAAGUCUAUGAAAGAGAAGUAAGACAGUAGCAAGAUGCUGCAUCAGAAAGUGUUUAACUAUUCCUUUCAGGAAAAGCUCUAUUCUUUAGGGUUCUACCUCCUUUUACCAUGGACCUGGAACUUAAAUCAGCUCAUGGCCCUGUUUUUGAGGACCACCGACGAGCUCCAGGAUGGUGAUGCCAUGCCAUGCUAUGAGCGAGUCAUCACUCUAAUCUUUCUUGUGCCAAUCAUGAUAGCAAUCAUAAUCAUCUCAUGCCCCUUCGCGGGGCUGGGGUUUGCCUUAAGGGUCAUUAUGGCCAGGUUCCGUCGGCCUUAUCGCUUCUCCUUCAAAAGCAACCCUUACCUGAUUAACGUCAACAAUCGUAUCUGGACUGACUUAACUGAAAAAAGGAAUUUUAAGUUCGCUUUUGUCGAUUCAUGUCUCAUGCCUGAGGCAAUGGCAAGGAUGAACAAUCUUGGCCAGGUGCAAUACAGAGCAAAACAAAUGGCCACACACAUUGUCAACUCACAACUGCGACCGAACCCCAAGAUAUUCAUCCACUCACCUUCAGAUGGCGAACUCAAAUCAUCAUGUAUCUACCACUCACCUAGUACCUCCGUAAUGACGCCUCAGAACAUAAGCCACCUUGCAGGAGAUGAGGACAACGUGUUGAAAUUUGACACGAGCAAGCAAUACUCAUCGAGAGGUAGUGUCUCAAAAGACGACACACUCCCUAUGAGGGACAAGGACCGACGUCGGCAACGUCGAGAUAGGAGUCCAGAUCUACAACGAUCUCCAAGAAUGUCAAGGACUAAUGCAGGAAGCAGUAAUCAAUCACCUACGCCACCUCGAAGCCAAGGAAGGAAACAACGAGAACUUCCACCAAAACCCGGUGGAUCAUCUGAUGUAGACAUCCCUGACAUUGUGCCAAGCCGUGGUGUUCCAAUCUCCUCACCGUCAUCACCAGAGUCUGCGGGGUCCACAUCCACUGUGAGACUCCAGACGUCACAGAGUCAGUAUGCUUCUUCCGUAGGACCUUCCACACCAGGUAACACCAACCCCAGGUCGACUAUCACUCGCUGUCCCAUGUCCUUCUGCAGUCAGAGUAGCAUUCGGGAACGUCUUGGACCUUGUGAGCACGGAAUCAGUUCCAACUUCCCCGCCCAUCUCGACUUUAUAUGCUUUCAGGAAGUCUUCGAACAGAGAGCAGCAGAUCGCUUGAUUCACAUUCUCCACAAUUACUUUAGUUAUAUACUUUACGACGUAGGAGUCAAUUCUUGGAGUGUAAAUCGUUUUCUGCUCAACAGUGGUCUGGUGUUCGGAAGCAGGUACCCUAUAGUGGAUGUAGUAUUUGAAUAUUUUCAGGAGAGUCAAAAGGAGGAUCGAUUUGUAUCCAAGGGAGUUCUCAUGAUCAAGGUAAGCUCUUCAGUCCUUUUCAAUUAUUACCAUUUUAUGAUAGCAUAUUUUGUCUUUUGAAAAUCUUUUUGCUUUCUGCUAUAAUGUGUUAUCUCUAUAUUUGUAAUUAUUGAAACGUUUUUAUGUAUACAUGUACCUGCGUGAAUGGUAAAAUCUUCAAAACGUUUUAACCACCCAUUUACAAUGAUGGCCAAGCUUUUUUUUUUUUGUGUGUGUCUGUUUGUGUAUAUCCCAAUUUUCUACGGUGCCAUUGUCCUUUGCAGACUGCAAUCAAGAAUAUUCCACAGUCGUACUACUUCGUGUUGACUACAAAGAGAGCACUUUCUGUUCACUCUCUAUAACUUAAUACUAUAAUGAAUGAUAAAGUAAAAUGAAUCUAGAUUAGAUGUAUCGCUUAAGUCACGGUUAUUGGUGAACACCAUGAACAAGUUUCGAUUGCUAAAGUUACUAUUAUUGUUAAACACGUUUCGAUGUCAAUCACGAGGGCUUUAUAUAACUGUGGCACUUAUUAAGUUUUUCUUUUUUUCGAUCGUCAAAAUUCCAAAGUUGAAAUCAUUAUGUACUAUCCCCAACCCUCUCA